CGCCGAAUUUCUGCACUAGUACAAUUCUACCACCAUGUCUGCGCAACGCUUCGCCUCGAUAUCACUUAGGACAUUGUCAAAGACAUGCAGAAAUAAAACGAAGACUCUGACAAGGCCAUCCCUUGCCUCAUCGUCGAGGAGUAUAUCCUCGACCACUCCGAAUAGAGCGAGUUUGCACCAUGGACGGACGAUUGCUACGGCUUCCUCCAGAUUAGCUCAUUCAUCUACUAGCUAUGAACAGCCUGCACAUGCAAGGUCAAUGUUUAUUCAGACAGAAUCAACACCGAACGAUGACUCACUGAAGUUCAUUCCUGGUGUACCUGUCAUGGAGUCCGGGAGUGCAGAGUUCCUCGAUACUCGCUCAGCCCUUCGAUCACCUCUCGCUAUCCGCCUUAUGGGUAUCGAAGGCGUCACGGCAGUAUUCUACGGUCCCGACUUCGUAACCGUCUCAAAGGACUCCGAAACGUCUUGGUCCGUUAUCAAACCCGAAAUCUACUCCAUACUCAUGGAGUCCUUCUCUUCCGGUCAACCACUAUUCAGAUCGGAAGAAGACCGAGAAGCUGCUGGUCCUCAGGACACGCAAAUAUUGGAUACAGAUUCAGAGACAGUGGCUAUGAUCAAGGAGCUACUGGAUACGAGGGUCCGACCGGCCAUCCAAGAAGAUGGAGGAGAUAUCGAGUACCGAGGCUUCACGGACGAGGGCGUCGUCGAAUUAAAGCUGAAGGGAAGUUGUCGAGGGUGUGAUUCGAGUACUGUGACGCUCAAGAGUGGUAUCGAGCGUAUGUUGAUGCAUUAUAUCCCGGAGGUGAAGGGUGUCGAGCAGGUACUGGAUACUGAAGAAGCGAUCGCCUUGGACGAGUUUGAGAAGCUUGAAAAGCGACUACACCCGAAUGAACAGAAGCAGGAUUCUGGUAUGGCUCAGUACAUGUCGGUUUGAUCAUCUAGACUCUAUGCAGCUUUUAUAUUACCCCCAUUCCCCUGAUAGACAAUGUAUUCUACUCACUAUCGGUCACUUCCUGUAAUCCCCUUACGUCGCAUUCACACUCAAUCGCAACAUAGAUUCAUACG